AUGGAUGUGAAUGAACUUCUUGCCUUUACGCCAAGUAAUGAAAGUUACGAAUCUUCAGAUUUUCCAGAGCCGAUUGAACGUGCUACACGUCUUCUUUCAGCUUCCAGUUAUCCGACGCAUGGCGAUGUCCAAGCCAGUAGCGAAUGCAAUUCAUCAAAAGUUAGAAGGAUAUUGGCCGAUAUUAGAUGA